UAUUGAUCAUACAAAUCAAUGGGUUCUCUUUUUCUUACUACUGUUGCAGCUGCAGUAGGCUUCCUAACCCUUUUGAGAAAGCUCAGAGUUCAUCAAGAUAACCAAGAAAAGAAGUCAUCUUCUUUACCUCCUUCAUCUCCAUCUUCGUUGUCUCUUUCAUCAGGUCCUGCAUCUUCUUCAUCUCGCAACUGGACAUACCAUGUCUUUCCCAGCUUCCGCGGGGAAGAUGUCCGUAUUGACUUUCUCAGUCACAUUCAGAUGGAGUUUCAAAGAAUGGGAAUCACUUCCUUCGUUGAUAAUGAGAUCAAAAGAGGAGAAUCCAUAGCACCCGAGCUCAUUCGGUCAAUUGGAGAAUCCAAGAUCGCAGUUGUGCUGGUCUCUAGGAACUAUGCUUCAUCAAAAUGGUGUCUUAACGAACUGGUGGAGAUUAUGAAGUGCAGAGAAGAAUUAGGCCAAACUGUGAUGCCCAUUUUUCAUAAAGUGGAUCCAACUGAUGUCAAAAACCUGACCGGAGAUUUCGGGAAAGUUUUCAGAAGAACUUGCGCUGGUAAAACAGAACAGGACAUAGGGAGAUGGAGACAAGCUUUGGCAGAAGUGGCCACCAUCGCUGGUUAUCAUUCAACCAGCUGGGAUAAUGAAGCAGUCAUGAUCAAGGAAAUUGCCACUGAUAUUUCGAACAUAUUGAUUAAUUCCACACCAUCAAGAGAUUUCGACGGGUUCGUUGGAAUGAGAGCUCAUUUGGAAAAGAUUGAACCAUUGUUAUGCCUACAGUCAGAUGAAGUGAGGAUGAUUGGGAUUUGGGGUCCUCCUGGGAUUGGGAAGACCACAAUUGCCAGAGUUGUAUACAACCAACUUUCCAACAGUUACCCGCUGAGUGUCUUUAUGGAGAACAUCAAAGCAACCUAUUCAAGACCAACCGGCUCCGAUGACUACAACGCAAAGUUGCAAUUACAACAACAGUUUAUGUCUCAAAUAACCAACCAUAUGGAUAUCAAGAUUCCUCAUUUAGGAGUUGCCCAGGAUAGGUUGAAAGACAAGAAAGUUCUUGUCGUUCUUGAUGGCGUAGACAAGUCUGUUCAACUUGAUGCUAUGGCGAAAGAAACUUGGUGGUUUGGUCCUGGGAGUCGUAUUAUCAUUACAACACAAGAUCACAGACUUCUCAGAGCACAUGGGAUUAACCAUAUUUACAAGGUGGAUUUUCCAGCAACUGAAGAGGCUCUUCAAAUCUUCUGCAUGUAUGCUUUUGGUCAAAAGUUUCCUAAAACUGGUUUUGAGGAGCUUGCUAGGAAAGUUACAUACCUUGCUGGUAACCUCCCUUUGGGGCUAAGAGUUAUGGGAUCCUACUUUAAGGGAAUGUCAAAGGAAGAGUGGAAAAAGUCACUACCAAGAUUAGAAACUAGCCUUGACGCUGAUAUUCAGAGCAUUUUGAAGUUCAGCUAUGACGCUUUAGAUGACGAAGAUAAAGAUUUAUUUCUUCAUAUAGCAUGUUUUUUUAACUUUGAAGAGAUUAAGAUAGUGGAAGAGUGUCUUGCAAAGAAGUUUGUGGAAGUGAGGCAAAGGCUUGAUGUCUUGGCUGAGAAAUCUCUCAUAUCUAUCAACCAUGGUGGAUGUAUAAAGAUGCAUAGUUUGCUAGAAAAGCUAGGUAGAGAAAUGGUUCGUAAACAAUCUAUUCAAGGGCAGUUUUUGCACGAUAGAAGAGAGAUUUGUGAAGUACUGACAGGAGACGCAGAAGUAAGUUCUGACAUUAUUUUUCUUUGCACUGGUCCGGCCCCUACGAAUAUAGUUUAUUUGAUAACUAACCAUUUCUAUCUUCCUUUAUAUCAGGGUAGUAAAAGUGUCGUAGGGAUAAAUUUUUACUUCCAGGGAACUGGAGAAGAAGUAGAUAUAAGUGAGAGAGCCUUUGAAGGAAUGUCUAACCUCCAAUUCUUGAGAUUUUCUUGUUGUCGUGAUACAUUUCAAUUAUCGCGAGGUCUGAACUAUUUUUCUCGUAGACUUCAAAUACUGCACUGGAGUCAUUUUCCUAUGACAUGUUUGUCUUUUAUUGUGAGUUUGAACUUCCUUGUUACACUAACCAUGGAUCACAGCAAGCUUGAGAAGUUGUGGGAAGGAAUUAAACCGCUUCCAAAUUUGAAAAAGAUGGAUUUGAGUUAUUCUGUAAACUUGAAGGAGAUUCCUGAUCUUUCAACAGCCACCAGUCUUGAAAGCUUAGAUCUUCGUAAUUGCUCAAGUCUGAUCAAACUCACCUCGUCUAUUGGGAAUGUCACUUAUCUUAAGAAUAUUUUUCUUCGUGGAUGCUCAAAUCUGUUGGAGCUUCCCACUUCUAUUGGAAACCUCAUUAAUCUUCGAUAUUUGACUCUUGAUGGAUGCUCAAAUCUGGUGGGACUCCCCUCCACUAUUGGGAAUGCCAUUAAUCUCCAAACAUUGAUUCUUGGUGGGUGCUCAAGUCUUGUAGAAUUGCCUUCUUCUAUAGGGAAUGCCAUUAAUCUUCAGGAUCUAUAUCUUCAUAAUUGCUCAAGUCUUGUAGAAUUGCCUUCUUCUAUAGGGAAUGCCAUUAAUCUCCAAACAUUGUUUCUUGGUGGGUGCUCAAGUCUUGUAGAAUUGCCUUCUUCUAUAGGGAAUGCCAUUAAUCUUCAGGAUCUAUAUCUUCAUAAUUGCUCGAGUCUGAUCACACUCCCUUCCUCUAUUGGGAAUGUUGAUAAUCUUGAGAUUUUAUAUCUUUAUGGAUGCUCAAGUCUUGUGGAGCUCCCAUCCUCUAUUGGUUUUCUCAUUAAUCUCCAAAAACUGGAUCUUAGUGGAUGUUCAAGCCUGAUGGAGCUCCCCUCCUCUAUUGGGAAUGCCAUUAAUCUCCGAAAAGUGGACCUUAGUGAUUGCUCAGAUCUGGAGGAACUUCCUAUUUCUAUUGGAAACCUUCAGAAGUUGGAGAGGUUGAGAUUAGGAGGAUGCUCUAAGCUAGAGAGUCUUCCCACCAAUAUCAAUUUGGAGUCUUUGGUUGAACUUGAUCUUACUAAUUGCUGGCUGUUGAAAAAGUUUCCUGAGAUAUCCACAAACGUUCGUGUUCUCAGGCUCAUAGGAACCGGAAUAGAAGAAGUGCCUCCCUCUAUCAGGUCAUGGCCUCAUCUUAAUGAGUUGCAUAUGCCAUACUUUGAAGAUCUCAAGGACUUCCCUCAUGCUUUUGACAUCAUCGCGUCUCUGGGCUUGAUCGAUGCAAAUAUACAAGCGAUUCCUCCAUUGAUCAAGUGUUUAUCUCGUCUCCGUUUUCUUGUACUUACGGGAUGCAGAAAGCUGGUAUCGCUCCCACAGAUUCAAGAUUCUGUCUCUUUCAUAAACGCAGUAAACUGUGUCUCCCUGGAGAGACUAGAUUGCUCCUUUGACCAUCCAAUGAAACUUCUCAACUUUGGUAACUGCUUGAAACUGAAUAAAGAAGCAAGAGAACUCAUCAUCCAGACUAGGGGAGAAGCGUUGUUACCAGGUGGAGAAGUUCCCAGCUACUUCACUCACAGAGCUUCAAAUGGGGGUCCAUUAACAAUCAAGUUACGUGACAAGCCUAUUCCUACAUCCAUGAGAUUUAAGGCUUGCAUUUUCCUGGUUAAGGAAAGUGAAGAUGAGGCUAACGAUGAUGAGAUAAUGGUAGACCAUCUCCAUGUUACGUGGCUAACAAGUACGCAUUGGGUAUAUCCGGUUUUAACAGAGCAUCUGCACACAUUCGAGUUCGAAGAGAAGGUGACUUCCAGCGAGCUUGUCUUUGAGUUCAAGCUCGAAAACCGUAACGACUGGAAGAUAGGAAAAUGCGGGCUACGCCAACUCGUAGUGGAGGUCCCUUCUUAAUGUUGAUGAACAUGACGAGAGCUUGAAUGGUGUUCCUCUGAAUCAUGUAAAUUUAUAAAAAUUGAAUAAAG